AUGGGUGCACGAAAGAGAAAAUGUAAGCUGGCCUCAGGUGCGGAAAGUCUACCGGAAGUUGAAAUGGAUGGACCAUACAAAGAGAAUGAGUGGGCGAUCACAGAGACAGAUAAAUUCAGAAAGUUCGAGAGACGGCACAUGGGAGACGGCACAUUGAAGUUGAAACUCGAAACAGUGGAAGAGAAGAUCAAAAACACCUUCGCUCGAAUUACAUCCUCAACAUCAAUAUGGCAACAAGGAUUUAGAAGGACAAUCUCAGAGCUAGUUUCGAAUGCGUCUGCUAACUAG